GGGUACCCCGGGAUGCAGAGCAGGGGCGGGCCCACCCGGGCUUCCCACGCAGCCGGGGACGCCGUUGCGUCACGAUAUCCACAGCCAAUAAGAAUGGAGCCUGCCGGGACGCAUUACUAGGGCGACGGCUGGACGCCUCCUCGCUUUGGGAUGAAUUAGCGGCGGGUUCUGUCCUGAGGUUGUGACCCCUUCGGAGUCCCAGGCUAGCCCACGCGCCCCCCGCGGCGUCGCACGGAGUCCCCUGCCAGUCACAGGUGGGAGGCAGGAACUGUCAGGUGGGGGUUACGGCUCAGGGAAAAUGGCGGCGUCGGGGAAGCUGCAGCCCAGGCUCUUUCCCCUGAGCCACGGGCCCUCCCCGGACUGCGGCCCCCGGUAACGGUCCCUUGACCGGGAAUAGGGGUCCCGGCACAGGCGGUGGAGUAGCCGGCUCAGGCUGAAAGACAGAGUUGAGAUUCUCUUCUAGGACAAUUGUGAUGCUACUGAACCCAUGGGCAAUUAACAAGGCAGUUUCUAGCUACUGAAUGUACUUUCUGAAAUCAGGACUGUAAAAGCUUUGGAAUCAUGGUGUCAUGGAAAGGAAUUUACUUUAUAUUCACUCUGUUUUGUGGAAGCUUUUUUGGAAGCAUUUUCAUGCUGAGUCCCUUUUUACCUUUGAUGUUUAUAAACCCAUCUUGGUAUCGCUGGAUCAACAAUCGCCUUGUGGCAACCUGGCUCACGCUGCCUGUGGCAUUGUUGGAGACCAUGUUUGGUGUAAAAGUGAUUAUAACAGGUGAUGCGUUUGUUCCUGGAGAAAGAAGUGUCAUUAUCAUGAACCAUCGGACAAGAAUGGACUGGAUGUUCCUGUGGAACUGUCUGAUGAGAUAUAGCUACCUCAGGUUGGAGAAAAUUUGCCUCAAAGCCAGUCUCAAGAGUGUUCCUGGAUUUGGUUGGGCCAUGCAGGCUGCUGCCUAUAUCUUCAUUCACAGGAAAUGGAAGGAUGACAAGAGCCAUUUUGAAGACAUGAUUGAUUAUUUUUGUGAUAUUCGUGAACCACUUCAACUCCUCAUAUUCCCAGAAGGGACUGAUCUCACAGAAAACAGCAAGGCUCGAAGUAAUGAUUUUGCUGAAAAGAAUGGACUUCAGAAAUAUGAAUAUGUUUUACAUCCAAGAACUACAGGUUUUACUUUUGUGGUAGACCAUUUAAGAGAAGGUAAGAACCUUGAUGCUGUCCACGACAUCACUGUAGCAUAUCCCCACAACAUUCCUCAAUCAGAGAAGCACCUACUCCAGGGAGACUUCCCCAUGGAAAUCCACUUUCACGUCCACCGAUAUCCAAUAGACACCCUCCCUACAUCCAAGGAGGACCUUCAGCUCUGGUGCCACAAGCGGUGGGAAGAGAAAGAAGAGAGGCUGCGUUCCUUCUAUCAAGGGGAGAAGAAUUUUCACUUUACUGGCCAGAGUGUGAUUCCACCUUGCAAGUCUGAGCUCAGGGUCUUUGUGGUCAAAUUGCUGUCUAUACUGUACUGGACCCUUUUCAGCCCUGCAAUGUGCCUACUCAUAUAUUUGUAUAGUCUUGUUCGGUGGUAUUUUAUAAUCACCAUUGUAAUCUUCGUGCUGCAGGAAAGAAUAUUUGGUGGACUGGAAAUCAUAGAACUUGCAUGUUACCGUUUUUUACACAAACAGCCAUAUUUAAAUUCAAAGAAAAAUAAGUAAGAUUAUAAGGUUCACAAUGUAAGAACCUAGGGGAUAUUUUGGAAAUGUUCUAAGCCUUUGUAAACUGAGAUGCAUUUUUGCAUGACUAUGUCAAAUAUUUCUUACUACCAUUAUUAUUUGUUAAAGAUAUUUUACACUUAAUUUUGUGGGAAAAAUAUUGCUACAAUUUUUUUUUUAAAUCUCUGAACAUAAUUUCGAUAUUGUGUAUGUAGCAGGGAGCGAUUGUUAUGAAAUAACUGGGGCCAGAAUAUUAUUAAACAAUCAUCAGGCUGUCAGCAGACAAGGAACACACAAGGUUUUCUUAAAGGCCCAAUCCUGUUUUCUAACAGACUCCCUAGACCACAGGCAGGUCUGGAAUUCAUGAGCACUGGCUCAGACCAUGUGCUGUUACUUGACUGCCCAGGUCACUUUAUCAAGGUGGGCGCUGUUCCUCCAGGUACCCAGGCAGGUGGUGCCCAGGCUCCUUCCCUUGGGGCACUCCUUCCCAUGCCAAUCAGACCCAUCUCAUCCUUCCUUAAGAUCAGAACCCGGAACUCCCUUGUUCUUUAGCUGAUCAAACAUUUUGAUAGGGAGCCCUUCAUUAUUCAUAGAAUCUUGUGCUAACCAAGAUGUCAGAAGACCGCCUGUGCCCUUUUAUCUUGUGAAAGAUAAGACCUGGACGUGUCUCAGGGAGCAACCCCAGACUCUCCACUUUGAAACCUUGAUUUGAGUUUUAAAAGAUAGGAAUUAAUAUAGUUCAAGUUCUUCACCAUACUUAGUCUUGCAUGCUUAGUGCUGGUUUUCUUGCAACUUGGUGGCAGAUGUAGCUUUUUUUUCAUUAAAAAUAAAAACGGUAUAACAUGAAGCCACUCCUUUUUUUUAAAGGAACGCUUAGAAGAACAUUCUGUUAUUGCAGCCAUAUUUUUUUUACAACCUACCAAAAAAGGAAGGUUGUGUUUUCUACAUGUGCAUGGACAUCUAACAUCUGCCAUUAAAACAACAACAAAAAUACUUACAGACAGAGCAGUAAUGUUUUAUCCUAAAUUAUUCAACCCUGUAGGCUUGACAAAUUUUGCUCUUAAAACCAAAAUGAAAACACAAAAAUAAAUCCUUUUUAAUGAUAGCAAGGGAUCUCUUUUAGUCAUAGUCUUCCUCUUUCAAUAAUAUUUAAACCCACUUUUGAUCGAUUGCCUAAAUAUUCCUGUCAUUUGGAGUCAGUGGAAAAUCCAGCAAACCAACAGCACCAAUCUCCUUCUGAGGCAAAAGAAACAUGUCGUUUUUGUUUUCACUCUAUUGGAGCCUUGUGCUCCUUUUUUUGUCAUGUAAUAGGGAUGCUGGUCAGAGCUGCAGAAAAUAUGAGGCAAUUAAAAGUCUUUAGCUGUUAGCAAAUCUGUCAGUUUUACUUCUGCAUUGAACCAGCCUCAAAAGCUACUUACUGCAUGAUGUACUCUUUGGGCAUGAAUGCCUUCUCUUUAAUUACAUCUCAUUUUUGCUUGACAGUGACCUACCCAAUAAUUGAAUCGUGCAUUGCCAUGAAAGGUAAACACAUCGUGAGCUGAACUUUCCGAGCAGAUUCUUUGAGAAAGUGCUGGUUGAGGCUGAACACUGUUGACACAUCAUUUUUAUUGGAAGAGCAUUAACUGGUGGUGCCUCUGCUGAAACGUACCAGCCCAUGCUUAACUGCUCCCCCAAAGCUGUUUCUAAUCCUUCUGGGAGCUACUAAUUAGUAUUAUGCACAUCUGCUCCAAACCUAGCUGUUUAACUUCGUUGUUUUUAGGGUUUGUGUUUGUUUUUUUUAUAAACAAAAAGAAAAACUUUUUUUUUCUUUACUUAAUAAAAGAGGUUCCCUAUUUACAUUUCUUUAAGACUUCCUUUGGUUAUAUUUGGAAACAAAUAGUUUAACAAUCAGGAUUGCGUUUGUCCUGGGUAGAAAAGCUGUGCUUUUUACCCCAAAGUUGUUGGUAAUAGAGCCCAUCUGCCCUUCCUACAAACCUGCCUGUCUCAUCAAGACAUAACUUCCAUUAAUUACAUGUCCUCUUUAACUCUCUGAAACCUUUAAAAGGGAAAAUCUCUUUUUCUUUUUUACAUUUUUUUCUUUUGAUCAUAGAAAACAUGUUUAAGAUAAAAUACAAACUUUAUAUUACCCACCCAAAAUUCAUAUAGACAUUGUACUUGCUUUAAGAAUUAGAAAUAGUAACUCCAAAAAGAAGUGCCUUUUUGGGUUUUUUUGUUCCAAUAAGGCUUUUUAAAAAUUGGUAAUUAUUUGUGUUUUCCUACACAUUUAUCUGUGUUAAAGACUUUUUCUUUAUUUAAAAAAAAUUAAAGAACUAUAAGUUAAUGAUUUGGAACUUAGAACUAUUUAAAAUUGAUACUAAAAUGUCGAGUAUAAAUUAAUUAGCUUCAAUAAUCGUGAUUGGCCUCAGGAAUUAUCCCUCCCACUUCACUCUGGACCCAGAGCGGCUGCACACAGUUCCUCCCUGUGCCCUUUCCGUCCUUUGAAGGGAAGCACAGUGGACUUCGAAGUACUUACAGUGCUGUAUGUCCAAUUGUUAAACUUACUCUGAAAGGUUUUAAGUAAAGUGAGGAUGGUUUAUGUAUGACAUGAACCAUUCUACUUAAAGUAUGAACCUACAAGCAGGGGCACUGCUUAGGCAACAAGUUCUCACACCAGACAUCAUUGAUAAAACAAAGUAAUUUUAACAUUCAUUAGAAGAACAUGGUUAAAGACUAAAAAAAUGUUAGAAAGAACCCAUAAUUUAAGACUCCCAAUAAAAUUCUUACUUUCUGUUAUGCUAUUAAAACUCAGAGCAGAAGGAAAUAACAGCUUCCACUAGAGUCCAUUUGAAACAGUUACUUCAACUGCACCAUGUCAAAAAUCACAUCUUGGUAGCCAAGACUGAACCUUGCAGAGAGAUGUUCCCGUUUCACCCGGACGCCAAGCUCUGGCCCUGACCUCCGUGCCCCUGUGCACUUCCUCGGUAAAGACUCCAAUGGAGGGAGCCUGUUGGUGUUAAAUUGUUUACAUUUCUUUAUAUAAAUAAUGUGCUUUCAGUGCCUUAGUUACGGGUCCCUUUGUUUCUUGUUCCAAGAAUUCUGCACUGUUUCCUAGGUCAAGUCUCUUUUUGCUACUCACUGGGAGGGAAAUGGUCUCUAAACACUGGUCGCUGUAGCUGGUAAACACAACUGAUAGAGCAUGUGGAGAAGAGAGCUUGAUGCCAAGGCAUUGGCUGCCUCAGAGCUGUCAUUUACUCUGUAAGGAAAUGAAAAUGGCUUUGCUAAACAAUGAGCUUCAGAUCAGAUAUGGCCCUCAAGUUAUCUUGUACCUAUCUUAAAUUUUUAUUUCAGAAAAGAAUCUUGGUUUCAGUAAUUCAUUUUUUAAAAGAUCAUUAUGUGCAAAACAAUGAGGUUUAAAAAUAACUCACAGAUGGCCUUAGUUUCCAAUGUCCAGUGGUAUGUUUGUGAUUUGUUAUCUGUUAUAUACAUCCCAGAAUAAAGUGAAGUGAAUUAAAUAGUU